UCUCUCAGGAGGGUGGGCCGAAGGGGUGAAGAAGGAGGGCUGGCUGAGCAAGGAGAACCGUGCUGGCUCUAAUGCUAAUUAGAACGGCUGAUGUUUAUAGUAACAAUUAUAUGAUUAUUUCAUCAUCAUAAUUUUCAUCAUAAACGGCUGUUUAUUGAGCACUUACUACAUGCCAGCUGUUAAACACGGCUUAUUUCCUUUACUCCUUUUUACAGCCCCAAGCAGUGGCCACUCUGACUGCUCCCCAAUCUAGAGAGAGCAGGAAACCGAGGCAGAGAAAGAGUCAAAGUCACAGGGAGCCACACAGGGGCGGGCCGCUGGAGUGAAGACCCUCGGCUCAGGGUGGGGAGCACCACGUCGGGAAGGCCGGAAGCAGCCAUGAAGGCCUCACGAAUUGCGACUUGGCCCGCGUGAGAGCACAGAUUCAGAAACAUGCUCACGGCGGCCUGGAACCAUGCAGAAAAUAUCCCAAGACAAACAGCACAGGGUGGGGAACAGAGCCCUGCAGCCGGAGCAGCUGUUCCUUCUCACCCUCUCCAUCUCCCUGGGGCUGGGCCAGCCCAGGAACCCCAAAAGCAAGAGGAAGGGGCCAGGGCGGCCUGGCACCCUGGCUGCAGGUCCUCACCAGAUGCCGCUGGACCUGGUGUCCCAGGCGAAGCCAUACGCCCGCAUGGAGGAAUACGAGAGGAGCCUCGGGGAGAUGGUGGCCCAGCUGAGGAACAGCUCCGAGCCGGCCAAGAGGAAGUGUGAGGUCAACCUGCAGCUGUGGCUGUCCAACAAGCGGAGCCUGUCGCCCUGGGGCUACAGCAUCAACCAUGACCCGAGCCGCAUCCCUGCGGACCUGCCGGAGGCACGGUGCCUGUGUCUGGGUUGCGUGAACCCCUUCACCAUGCAGGAGGACCGCAGCAUGGUGAGCGUGCCCGUGUUCAGCCAGGUGCCCGUGCGCCGCCGCCUCUGCCCGCUGCCACCACGCACCGGGCCCUGCCGCCAGCGUGCCGUCAUGGAGACCAUCGCGGUGGGCUGCACCUGCAUCUUCUGACCCGGGAGCCUGCGGGGAGCCAGAGACCAGCCUCCCUGCGCUUCCACGCCCAGCGAGGCCCGUGAAAAGUAAACGCUGUCUUUGGCUAAGCAAGACCUUGGGUUUGCUCCUUGUGACUCUGAAGCCGAAACCAGGGUGGGGAUGGGAGGUUGCAGGGAGGCAGAUUUCAGAUCAAUAUAAAGGAGGACAGUCCAUCACUCAGAGUUCUCCAACACCGAGAUAGGUUCAUUUA